GUCGCUGCUGCAGUCGGAGCGGGUGCUGUACCUGGUGCGCGGCGAGAAGGAGCUGCGGGCGCCGCUGCCGCAGCUGUACUUCUGCCGCUACUGCAGCGAGCUCCGCUCGCUCGAGUGCGUCUCGCACGAGGGAUGCCUGGCUGGGAGGUAGGCGACUGAACAGCAGGCAUGGAGGGGAGAGGACCCUAUCAUAUCUAUGACCCUGGUGGGGGGUCAGAGGAGAAUGGAUCCACGGCCUUGGAGCAGCUGGUGGAGGAGAACGCCCGGCUGAAGGAGAAGAUGCAAGGGAUCAAAUCUAUCGGAAGUUUGCAAUGCUCCUUGAACUGGUCUGACCAUACUCGAUCCCCUCCCCAUUCCCAGGAUGUGGAGCAGCCACUGAACGAGGAUGCCAACCUGCUGCCCCAGCUGCAGCAGCUGGAGAACACGCUGAGUGGCUGUGCCAAGGAGGCCAGCAAGGAGCAGGUCUUUGUGCGCAUGGGCUACAUGGCCUCCGAGCUCAAGCGCUUGGCCUCCAAGGUGCACAAGAAUGAGCAGAGAACGUCAUUCCUGCAGACGCUGUGUGAGACGCUGCACAGUGAGAACAAGGAGCUGCGCACCAAGCUGGAGCAUGACCUGGAGCAGAGAAACCAGGCUCUGGAGAAGCUCAGGUGUGAGAACCAGGAGCUCCGGAGGAUGGUGACGCUGAGCAGCCAGGACGCUGGGAAGAGGGAAGCUGCGGAGCAGCAGCAGCAGAGCGGGGCCAUGGUGGAGAAGGCGCGAGGCAGAGAAGAGCUGGAAGCCAAGGAAAAGAAGGUGAAGAUCCUGGAGCACCAGCGCAGGGAGUUGCUGGAGGUGAACAAACAAUGGGAUCAGCAUUUCCGCUCCAUGAAGCAGAAGUACGAGCAGAAGGUCACAGAUCUACACCAGGAGCUGGCUGAGGCCCGCAGGGCAGUGACCGAGCUGGAGUCAGAGCGGGAGCAAAAGCAACGGGAUUUUGACCGCAAGCUGCUCCUGGCCAAGUCCCGGAUUGAAACAGAGGAGGCAAAGAAGGAGAGGCUGGCCAUGGAGGUGAGGGACCUGCAGCAGAGGAUGCGGUUCCUGCAGGAGCAGCUGGCUCCAGUCACCAGGCAGUGGGAAUACCAGGAAAAGGAGAUCCAGAGGCUGAACAAGGCACUAGAAGAGGCCCUGAAUGUCCAAGCCUCUCCACCACCCAUCUUUGCCAUGGAGCCAGCAGGGAAGCUGCCACAGCAGGAGCUGCUGACCCAGAAUGAGCUACUCAAGCAGCAGAGGACCACAGCCAUGGUUCAUGGUGCCAGCCCACAUGCCUGGGGCAUGGCUAGUGGAGUCAAGAAUGGCAGCACAGUGAUGGGGUUGCUUAGGGGAGGUGUCUUCCCAGCCUGCCCCAUGUACCAGUACCAGUACAGUCCCCCCAUGGCUCACCCCAUGUACCACGGCUACGACGAGUGGCAGCAGAUCCGAUACCCGCCAGCCAUGCCGGGCGAGCACACGCAAGGACAGAACUUCCACCAUUUUCCCCCGCCCGAGUACCCCUGGCGCCCACCCUGUGCCAUGGCUCGCAGCCAGAACACCCAACCAGUGACUGGGGUGAAACCAGUCCCCAAGGACUUGGAACAGGCAGAUCCCGGAUUGCCGUAACGCCAAGGACCGGCCACGCUCCAACACCAGUGGAAGAGGAGUAGGGGGUGUGUGUGUGUGCCCGAGUGUGAGUGUGUCCAGGAGCUUCCUCUGGCUGCCAACGCCUGUGCAAGGACAUGUGCUGCACGUGAGGGGCUCAGCAGCGCCUUCCCCCAAGGAAGUCAUGAAGGAGGGACUAAAGGUGCCAUCAUGGUGGCAGCCAGCAUGGGGUCAGUUCCAUGCGGCCAUCCCCUUCCCCACGAGGAGCCAGGCCUGGCAUCGUUUUAGACCCGAGCCAGGUCUUCAGAGGGGAGGUCAGUGUUUCCUAGGAGCUGCCCCAGUCCAGAGCCCCUGGAGGAGCAGGUAACAGCAGGGACUCUCCUGGUGGUGGGAGACCCCACAGUCACAGGCAAGUGCUGGCCACAGCCAUGGCCUGGCCUGAGGGUGGUUGAUGUCUUUGUAUUUAUUUAAGGACUGAAGUGUG